AUGGCUGCUGGACAACAGGCUUUGGGUGACCAGCUACUGAAAGCCGUCACCGUGGUGGAGAAGGCGGUGGACCAAGAAAUGGAAGAAAUGGAACACUUAGGAGAGGGUGACCUCGAGGCGUUACGUCGGAAACGAGUGGAACAACUGAAAAAGAGGCAACUCGAAAAACAGGAGUGGCUACGAAAUGGGCAUGGAGAAUAUGAAGAGUUACCAGAUGAACGUGCCUUCUUUGAUGCAACAAAAAAAUCUAAUAAAUUAAUUGCACACUUCUAUCGAACCUCAACAGAACGUUGUAAAAUAGUCGAUAUGCAUCUCAGCAAACUUGCACCGAAGCAUUUGGAAGCUCGUUUCGUGUGUGUAAAUGUUGAAAAGGUUCGAUGCUGA